ACCACUUAAACAGAGAUGGCGCAGAGCUACAUACUACAAUACAUUGUUGCCCUGCAUUUUUUGGAUAUUUCUACAUGUUUCUGGAAGCCAUGGCUGCGUGGACCAAAUAGAGGAGCAUGUCAGAGUGUGUGUGCUUUGUUUUUCUAAUCUGAUAUUCUAUGGUCUGCACUCCGUUCCGUCAUUUCCUUUUCUUUUUUUUUUGCAUCCCGCGCAAGUGCAGACAGGCUACUGAGUCGUUGGCAGCAGUCACCAGGGAGAUCCAACCACCAACGGAGUGGUCGGAUAAAGGCAGUUGGCCGUUGGUUUGAUUCGCGGUGUGUGCGCGCCCAUCUACUUGUAUACACAACAUAUUGGCGACGAAGAAUUACUUUUCUUGGGAUUUCACAACCUCCUGCUUUCCUCGACACUCCUGGGGUUAAGGGAGAAUCCUCCUCACGUGUAAUGGCCAAGUGGACCGAAGAAAUGGAGGAGCAGCUGAUUGCACUGGUGGAAGAGAGACCACCGUUGUACAACAUCACGCUACAGGGCUAUUCCAACCGUAAUAGGAAGGAUCAACUGUGGCGUGAGAUCGAGAGCGAGCUCCAUCUAUCAGGCAAAGAAGUUCGCAGGAAAUGGGACAACCUCCGUACGACCUACAAUCGCUUUAAAAAAGCGGCCCCGAGGACGACGAGACAACAGUGGACCCUCGAUCGGAUGCAGUUCAUUGAGCCACACACCAAGAGGAAGGAGAACACCUCCAACCUCAAUCGCAGGGAAUUGUGUGAGGCUGGGGCGCCUGAAGGGGCGAGCAUGGUGACCGAUUCCUCUCUGGAGGGCAAUGGCAGCACACUACCAGAGGAGCCAGAGUUGGACAUCCCGCUGGCUGGCUGCCCGAUUGCAGAGUCGGCCAUCUGUGCUUUUCUUGGAAAUUCACAACCUCCUGCUUUCCUGGACACUCGUGAUAAGGGAGAGUCCUCCUCACGUAUAAUGUUCAAGUGGACCGAAGAAAUGGAGGAGCAGCUGAUUGCACUGGUGGAAGAGAGACCACCGUUGUACGACAUCACGCUACAGGGCUAUUCCAACCGGAAGAGGAAGGAUCAACUGUGGCGUGAGAUCGAGAGCGAGCUCCAUCUAUCAGGGAAAGAAGUGCGGAGGAAAUGGGACAACCUCCGUACGACCUACAAUCGCUUUAAAAAAACGGCUCCUUUGGGAAGCUCAGGGGCCCCGAGGACGACGAGACAACAGUGGACCCUCCAUCGGAUGCAGUUCAUUGAGCCACACACCAAGAGGAAGGAGAGCACGUCCAACCUUCCUCGCAAGGAAUUGUGUGACGCGGGGGCGCCUGAGGGGGCGAGCAUGGUGACCGAUUCCUCUUCGGAGGGCAAUGGCAGCACACUCCCAGAGGAGCCGGAGGUGGACAUCCCGCUGGCUGGCUCCCCGACCAUCUGUGAGGGUACACUCCCUGGGGUUUUGGAGUGCAGUUUGACCUCCGGAGGUACUGACCAAGGCCAGCGUCAGCCCGCAAAGCGGAAAAAGAAGCGUCGGGAUGGGGCCGUGAAUGAGGAGGCGGUGCUCAUGCAGACCAUCGGCAAAACCCUGGAAAGGAUGGCAACAGGAGCACCACGGCAAGAGGAGCACAACGACUACAUUUCGGUGUGCUGCAAGCGGAUUGAACACCGGCUGCGAAUGCUCCCGCAGCAUCAGCUCGCACAGUUUGAGUACGAGAUGGACUGCCUGCUCUACAGGUUUUCCCAGAACCAGAUCCAGGAAACUGACUGAAAGGACCUUACUCCUCUGGCAACGGACUGAAAGGACAUAAGUCCUCUAUGCUAUUUAUAUUUGUGCCUUUUCCCUUUUUACUGCUCUGGAAUACAGUACACCACUUUAGAUAAAAAAAUUAAAUAAAUUAUAAGCUGUUUUCUUCCUGUCUCCUUUUUUCUAUAUUUGAACAUAGGCUAUAUGCAGGGGGGUUGUGGUAAAAUAAGAUGUGGGUAAUAUAUGAGGAUGGCAGAUAUUGAAUCCCGAUAGUUGGUAUUUUUACGCUGAAUAAUUGUGAUUUAUUCCUCCAACAUCUGGAACUUCAUCGCCAGUUCCCGACACAAAAACUGAUAAGCUCCUUUUGCCUGCCGCUGUGGGAUCCACGACUCCACCCACUUGGUGCGGUUUCUCCUUACUUUUUCCCCUCCUGUGAUGUCUCUGUACUAGAACCAGCCCGGGAGCAGGCAACGCGACCAUCAGCUCAGCCCUAAUGCUCUUUCUUUGGCUGCUAAGUAUUGUAUUCCAUAAACGUCUUCUUAGGUCAAACGAAUAAUGAGAUAAUUACGUGCACUUUGUUUUCUAAUCAGAUCAUCUGCAUUACCUUUGCCAUUUCCUGUUUUCAUGUUGUGGGUAAGUUUGUUGCAGAACAGGAGCCACACACAACGUGCAAGAUGUUGCUGUGCCUAAUCUUACAGUCCUUAGCAUUGCUCCCCCUACAAAUGUGUCACAGACCCGACGUCUUACCUGUACUGUGUCUCUUCACAUAAA